UCAGUGCCACCAAGUGGUUGUGUCUCCGGUGAUGAACCAGAAGGAGCCUGACUUUAUAAAAACUACGGAGACUCUGUAACGUGAGCGCUUGUAGUCCUCUGAGGGAUUAUUACGGAAAGAAUGUUUGUCUCGGUCAGAAGUCAACUUCCUCUCCAGAGCUAAAACUUUGUCCUUCGGUGUCGGACUCUCGGAACAAAUCCGCACAUUGUUUUUCUCCAGAAGUGUCAUCGCUGUGUUUCUGAGAUGAUCACCACCCUUUCCGUCGCUGUGUUCAUCUUAUUGUUCACAGUUGGUUCCAGCACCACAGUCAACGACAGCUACAAUGAGUUUACUGAAGAAGAAAGUGCUCCUCAGCUGGACUACCAAAACCCUUACUGGUGUCAUUCUCCGAGUCUGACCAAUGGUGAGGCGACCUGCCGCUCCCCCCGUGGAGUGGCCUACAGGAGCACGCUGGGCACCCGCUGUGAGAUGAGGUGCGAUCGAGGAUACCGACUGAUUGGCAGGCGCUCCAUUCAGUGUCUCUCCAACCGCAAAUGGUCUGGGACCGCUUUCUGCCGCAAGAUGCGUUGUCACGUGCUGCCCCUGAUUACACGCGGCAGAUACACCUGCACUCACGGCUUUGAGGUGGACUCCAGGUGUGAGUUCACCUGUUCCACCGGCUAUCGCAUCGAGGGGGAGCACUCACGGACCUGCCUUCACGGAGGGUCGUGGAGCGGAGCUCAGCCAGAGUGUUCAGAUACUGAUCCUCCGAAGAUCAAGUGUCCUCCGUCCAGACUGAAGGUGGCCGAGCCUGGAAAACUCACUGCCAGGGUGAACUGGGACCCCCCCGUUGCCACGGAUACUGCUGACAAGUCACUUGAAGUGAUAUUAGUGGGCCAGGAGCCAGACACCGACUUUAAAGAGGGGGCGAACAUCAUCCGAUACAAAGUGUACGAUCAGGCCAGGAACAGAGCUGCCUGCAAGUUCAUUGUACGUGUUGAGGUGAGAAGAUGUCCCGUCCUGCAUCCUCCUCUGCACGGUUACCUCAGCUGUUCGUCCGAUGGGAACAACUACGGUGCCACGUGUGAAUACCACUGUGACGGAGGCUUUGAGCUGAGGGGGGCACGUAGUCGUGUCUGCCAGUUCAGCCGCAACUGGGAGGGAAGCCCUGCUGAGUGUGUUCCUAUGGAGAUUAAAUCUGACGUAAAGACCGUGUCCGCUCUCCUGGAUCAGUUCUAUGAAAAGAGGAGGCUGCUGAUCAUGUCUGCACCGAACAUAUCCGACCCAGACUACCAGCUGCAGAACAUCAUGAUCCAAAAAUCAGACUGUGGAUUAGACCUGCGACACGUGACGGUCAUCGAGCUGCUGGGCUCCCCGCCUCGAGAGACGGGCCGCAUUAAAGAGAGUCUGCUCAACCCUCAAGUAGUCGAGGGUUUGAGGCAAGUGUUCAGAAUCUCUAGAUCCUACUUCAGCAUGCUGCUGCUGGAUGAGCUCGGACUGGACCGCGAGCGCUUCAUCACCCCGGUGGCGUCCGAUGAGCUGUUCUCUUAUAUAGAUGCCUUCCUGCUGGAUGAGGAGGAACGCGAGAAGCUCGAGCUCCACAGAGAUUUCUGUGACUAAUUUAAUAAACCUCUCUGGUUGCCGCGGCAAUAAACUAAUCAGUAUUACUAACACGAGAUGAGGACACGCAACAACCAGAGACCAGGUCAAGGAGAACAUUUGGAGGGGAAAGAGGACAAGAUGGCAGUUCCUCAUGUUCAAAUACGACACUGAAGUGUAGGCGCUGGUUGCUCUGAAUUAAGUCAUCAGCCGGGGGACGAGGAGGACAGAAAAUAGUCACAUAAUAUAUAGCAUAUGACAGUGGGUUAAAUAACAGCAGCACAUAUGGAUACACUUGGUUAGAUGCAUGAGGGGAACUUAUUUCUUUUUAAAGUGUUGGUGAAUAUGAAUAUGAAUCCAUCUUUAAUGGAGCUCCUGUAAUAAUUUGAGUCAAAAUAAAAUGAUCAGAUAGAUUCAGAUAUAAUGUGUAACAUUUGAGACAAUCAAGCAUAUCAGGGUUAAGUUCGUUUUUAUUUGGUGAACACAAUAUGUAACCAUUUAAAUGCUGAUCACAAGUUAAAAUACAUUAAAAAUAGACUCAUUAUUUAAAAUAAAGGUUUUUAUUGCAAUUUAUAUAAAUAUUAUUUUUAUAUGAUGUUAUUAAUGUGAAAUACAAUGUCUCGGAUUAUACUAAGCUUAGCUGUGUGGAUGCAUUUCAUUUUAUCGCGUAUCGAUGUAAGUUCGUACACAAUUACAAUGAAAUGGGUGAAACUUUAAGACGCUGUUUCUGUACUAAGUGCUGUGUGUGUUUUUGGAUUUGUAAUAUAUACACAACCUGAAUUUUGAAAAACAUAAAGUGACUGUGUAAUGCUCUUAAAAUAAAUUUAGUGUUGUGAAGCUUUG